ACAAACCAAACUUCGUCGUCGAGUUCGCGGGAUGCAGUUGUCGCUAAGAAAUUUCGUUUACCGGUAGGUAUUACGUAAAGACAAUGUACAUCGUUACCGAAUAAUUACGUUAAGUGUUACAUUUAAUUGAAAAUAAAUAAUAAUAAAUAGUUAAAAAUCGUACUUUUUUCGCCUUUGUAUAAUAAGUACCGGCUUGCAACAUAUUACGGCAUUGAAAGACGCUUAUUGGCAAAAAACGGCGGGCAUUUCCUAGUGAGAGCAACUGAAAAACCUUGAAAAGAAUAUUGUAUAAUCGCGUCAAGCUGCGGAUUUGUUUAUUAGUGUGUUGAUGAUGUCUGAUACCGGCGGAUAAUGUGACUUUGUUCUCGUUCCAAUUUGGAUUGUUAAGAAAAGGAAAAGAUGCGAGAUUUUUUUAUGAAAUGGGUAUGGGUAUGUCAACUGGAAUUAUUUUUUUACCUCUUUUGGAUACCAUACACAAAAGGUGCUGUAAUGGCACCUCCUUGGGCAAACCCAAAGUUGAAUCCGUGUGCUUCUCACCCUAGAGGAUGGCAGCUUCUAUUCUGGCCACCAGAUGGGAAAUGUUAUAAAAUAUUCCAGGUUGGCUACCCCUGUCCGAAUGGUAUGGAGCUGACCCCAUCUCUUAAUAAAACUGGUAAAAAUUUGUCAGCUGAAUGUAGAUGUGUUCCCAAAACUGCACAGUCUGCCACAGAUGGCGCUUGUUAUCAGUUAUUCACUUCGGGUCCUUGCAAUUAUGGAUAUUAUUUCGGACCAGACACAAAAUAUAAAAGUGAAAAUUCAAAGCGACAAUGGGGUACAUGUAAACAGCUUAAAACAUGUUCCGAAGAAAAUACACUUUAUUGGCCGAAAGAUGGAAAAUGUUAUCCCAAAUAUAGCAGAGGACCAUGUCAAAAAGGAUUACUUGUAACAGAGGACGUAAAAACUAAAAUUCCUGAGUGUAAAUGUGAUGAUGUAGAGUUACAAGACUAUAGGGAUAUAGAUAAGUUAUGUUAUCAACAUUAUACCAAGGGACCUUGUUUAGAGAAAGGACAUCUCUUUUUACCGGACAAAACGUGUGGAUGCUCAAACGAUUUACCUAAUUACCACGAAGAAAGUCAACAGUGUUUCGAAUUAGGUACAAUAGGCCCUUGUGCUCCAGGACAACAGUACAUCCUUUCACAUCCCAGAGAUAAAUAUGCUACAUGCAGCUGUAGAUCCGGAUACGUCUCUUAUCAAAAUUCUACAUCUUGUUAUCGCCUUUACACACAAGGCCCUUGUGUCAAAGGUUAUAUUCUACUAGAUUCCACCACAUGCAUACGCCAGCCUUGCGAACGUGGUAGUCUCUAUUUUCCUGACCAGAAUCGCUGUUACCGUAUAGGAUCACGAGGUCCGUGUUCCAUUAAUCGUGUUGUUGCUUUCGACUUCGAUACUAGACCUUCAGUGGACGGUAUAAGUUAUAACGGUGUAUGUGCUUGUGCCAAACAAGACUGUGAACCAGUACGUGAACUUUGUGAUCGUUCUAAAGGAAUGAUCCGAUUUAAAGGAGAGUGCCAUAAAAUGUAUACGCAAGGACCAUGCUCGAGGGGUUCUUGGCUAGUGCCUAAGCGUAAUGGUAGGGAUGAAGUUAUUGGAGAGGUUACCAAAGAACGUUUGGGUAUUUGUGAAUGUAUACCGGGUUACGCUAGGAAAGUAAGAACAGUUGGAAAUGAGACUGUUACCGUGUGCAUGUCACCAACUGUAGUUUUAGCAGAAUAUUUGAAUGGAAACCGAACAGAUAUCCAAGUCAUGAAUGUGUAAUAACUGUAGUAUUAUUUUGUAUGUUUAAGAUUUGUGAACUGAAUAAAUUGAGUGUUUUAUUUA